CGUAAAUAGUUUUGAACGUCUAGCUAGCGGACGUAACGUAGACAAAUAAAAUAUAGAAAAUUAUUGUAAAUGUUUAUUUAUUCCAUCGUCGUAAUCAAAUAGCUAUCGAAAUGUUUUCCAGUGGAUGUGUGUUAACAAUAUUGGUGCUUUAUUCAUGCUUUGAAUUUGCACAUCUAAGAAAAUCGGGGUCCAAGGACGACACAGAUCAUCAUUGGGACGUGCUAAUUUUCACUCAACAGUGGCCAACAACUUCGUGUGAGGACUGGAAAGAAAAGAGUCCUUCACAUAAAUGUACAAUGCCAAGCGUUCCGAAUUCGUUUUCUAUCCAUGGGGUUUGGCCAACAAAAUACGGUACUUUGGGACCCUUUUUCUGCAAUCGCUCUGCACAUUUCGAUCCUGAGGCGGUUAAACCCAUUGAAACUGAACUAACAGAUGUGUGGACCAACAUUGAAUAUGGCACAUCUACAUACUCCCUAUGGGCUCAUGAAUGGACCAAGCAUGGUACCUGUGCUGCCGAGGUCCUCGAGAACUUCAAUACGGAACUUAAAUACUUCACCAGGGGCCUGGAAUUCUACAGAACCUACAAUUUAACAAACAUACUCAGUGAGGCAGACAUUGUACCAUCUGUGAACAAGGGUUAUGAUGUAGUUGAUAUAGUUAAUGCAAUUAGGGUUCACCUUGGUGUGAAUCCAGUAGUGGAAUGUAGAAAAGAGAAAGGUAUAAGCAGCUUAUUUGAAAUACGUAUUUGUUUCACUAAAGAAUUGAAGCUUGUUGACUGUGAUGGUGUGGUACAUGGAACAAGUGACAAUGUACUCACAAACUGUGACCGAACCCAGAAAGUAUUAUUUUUGCCAUACAGUACCACCUCUGGUCUUGUACAGUGGUAUAAACUGAUAACUUGGUUGCAAUGGUUCACUCUAUAAUUUUUUAUUUUAUUUGGGGAUGUACAGUUUGCACAGGAAACAGUAGUUUGGAGUUUGCCUCACACAGCUAAACUGUGGAAUGAACUGUCGGAUGCAGUAUUUCUGGACCAAUACAACCUUCAAGUAAAGAGCAUACUCCCAUCUUAGAGGUUGGCAAUGCUCUUACAACCUCUCUGGUGUUGCGGGUGUCCAUGGGCAACAGUAAUCACUUACCAUCAGGCGAUUUGUCUACUUGCUUGCCUCCUAUAUCAUAAAAAAGUUGUAGAAUAAGGGACUGUGGAACUGGAAGGCUGUGCAGUGCCAGGCACCUGGCAUGAGAGUCAAGCAGGGCUCACAGUUCCUUCCUCAUAGUUUGUGUGCGAACUGUACAUUUGUUUCAUUAUAAAUACAAAUACAUACACUUUCUAAAUCCAAGGCAUCACAUAAACUGAAUCAUUAUAAUUUUUCAUGCCAAAUAUGAUAAUAUUUCAGUUUAUGUUAAGUUUGAUGUUAAUUAAUUAUGUCAAAAGAUUAAAUGUCGGAAGGUUAACAACAAUAUGAUAAAUGCUGUUAUUUAUUAAUUAUUUAUGUAAAUUUGAUGUAAGUAGGUAACAUCAAUUUGUUGUUUUUUUGACAAACAUCUUGAACUAUAGUCAAUAGCGUAGCGUAGAGCUAUUUUUAGCUACAAAGAUAGAUAAUUGCACCUAUAAUUGCCAACUAAAUACACAUCUUAACUUACCUAGUAUGUACUUAAUCAAUUCAAACAAAAUGUUUUCAGUUAUAGUAAAUUAGAUGACAUAUUUAAUUUAUUGUUGCACAUGGCACAUUUUUGCAGAAAAAUUUACAUAUAAUAAAGAGCAAACAUUUUAUGUUCUUACUGAAGCUGAUAAACUGACUAUUCUUUAGAUUCUUUUAAAUGAAUUGCUACAUUAUAAGUAUUUUAACUAAGUAGUAUGUAAAAAUACUAGUCUGUUUAUAGAUUGUAUGGUUUUUCUGCUUCUUGCCUCUCUUACCUGCAGGUAACAUAUUCCGGUGUAUAAACACCGGAAUAUGUAACACCAAUUUAAACAACUUUCUGUAACGGAUAUAUGCAAUAUCUACAUACCUAUUCAUAUUAAACAUAAGGUGUAUUCGGAUAAAUUCGAAUACCUCAGAUUCUGAGGUUAUUCCGAAAAUGGGCUCUAAUAUGAUGAAAUUAUGGGUGAUUUUAGGAAUUACCUGACAUUUUGAAGUAUUCGGCUUUACCCAAAUACCUACACCUUAAUACAUUCACGUUAACUUUUGCUUUUACAAUUAUGUAUUUGUUUUUUCUGGGACUCUCCAAAUGGGCCAAUAUUUUUUUUUACUUUUCUUGAGUUAUAAAAUCAAUUAACAUAAAUUAUUUAUUUCCAUUCUAAAAAGUUUACAUUUUUACAACACUAGAGCUCUUAUUGAGUAUUAUAUUCUUUGCUAGAGUGGUUCCUAACCUUUUCAAUGUUGUAACCUGAACGACCUAUCAGAGAAACUGAUUUUACCCCAAAUUGCACAUCACUUGUUCAACACGCAGCAGCAGAUUUUUGGUUUUCAAGGUCAAAUCACUUUGCUUGUCUCAUUGAAAUUAACACUAACAAGUUAUUG